AUGGUGUAUAAGAGAAAGAGAAACGUGAAAAUAGACAACACCCAGCCAUAUCCUAUAUACAAGCCUGGGGCCUCGGAUGUAUCAUCUCUGGAGGAGUAUGUUCCUCCGUCGCUUGAUACAGGGAUGGAGGCAGAUGAGGAAAAGGAGCUUCAUCUGAAGAAGAUAAUGGAGGGAGAGAAGGGAAGCAUCCCCAUUCCGGUUAUAGUUGAGGUACACAAUCCUGCACGAAAGAUAUACGGCAGAUAUGUACCCAGACGCAGGUAUGUAGAGUGGAAUGAGGAUGCAGAGAACAAGUAUCUGCUCAAUGAUGAGGACAAGAAAAUGUGCAAAGAGUAUGGAAUAAGCGAAGAGGAGUUUUACACGUUGCUAUGCACCAUAUCACAAGAACAAAGCCUUGUGAAGGGCAAAGAAAAGCUUGUCAGGGCAAUGGCGUCUAGAAUAUUAACCAGGAGCGAGGACUUUAGUCCACUUGCCUAUGUAUGCUUCAGAAAAAGGAUAAUCAAGCCCAGUAGAAGAAGCAGAAGAAGCGAGGAGCUUUCCAAGGAGAAAGUUGAAAGGAUGUGGAAAGAGCUCUGUUUAUUAGAGGUUCUGUGCGGCCUAUACUGCAAAAGGAGUGAGCUGGAAAGAGACCUGGAGAGCGUUGAAUAUAACUUAUUCCAAACAUCCUGCUUACUAAUCAAGAACGGCUCUAGGAGGGCAAGAAAGAAGAUUGGAAGGAAGAUUCUGAAUGAGCAAGGAAAGACGCCUGAGGAUGGGCAGAAUGCCACGAACGGGGCUAUUGGAGGCAUCAUAUUCGACCGGACAAGAAUUAGGCUGCUAAGACAAAGAAUCCAGGAGGCCAAGGAGAGGAUACAUAUAAGCGAGUAUGACUCAGAAAUUCAAGCCUUCAAAAAGUACAAUGAAUUGCAUAGAAUGUAA